UAUGUCAAAAAAUAAAUUGCAUUUCGCUAAGUCGCAAACUUCACAUAUUAUUUUCAUUUGAUUAUGUUUAACAUAUUACGAAAUUAAAACAUAUUGUCACAUAAUUUUUAGACUGCUGCAUUGUAAACGCGGGUAGCAGAGUACAUGAAGUGUUGUCCAAAUGAUGUCAUUAAAGCCUAGGAAUGUUGACUUUCAAGAGACUUGGGCCACACUCAAGGAAACGGUGGCAGGAGUUGUAGGUCUCCGGGCUGUGGAGCGAGCUGUGUGGAAUACACGCUUUUCUGAUGUCUACGCUCUGUGUGUGGCCCAUCCCGAGCCUCUGGCUGACAAACUCUACGAUGAAACAAGGAAGUUUUUGGAAGAACAUGUGGAUGGUUUGCUCCAGCGGGUGAAAGGAAACUGUCAGUUGGAGAGCAGCGACUAUAAUGAUGGACUCCUUAACAGGUACGUGUCCGCCUGGCGCGAGUACAGCCAGGGGGUGGGCUACCUCAACUCUCUGUACUCAUACCUCAACCUGCAGCACGUCAAGAGGCAGAAGGUUUCUGAUGCUGAGAUAAUAUACGGUUCCUCAGCGACGGUCAGCUGUCCCGAGCACGACUCGCGACAACUGGAGGUCGGUGAGCUGGGUCUGGUGACCUGGGAGCGCGUUCUCGUCCAGCCCCUGUCGGGAGCGCUGUCCGCUCGCAUCGUGUCAGCGCUGGAAGCCGCUCGAGACACCAACAGCACCUCGCACGACUCACACGACGUGCUGCGAGCCGCCAUACACAGCACCGUACAUGUACAGUCUUUUCGAGUCCGCGCUCCUCUGUCUCUGUACGAGCGCUUGGUGCUGGAGCCCUUCCUGGCGGCGGCGGGGGCGCAGCACUCGCGGAGGGCGGCGAGGCUGCUGCAAGAUGGCGACGUGUCGCACUUCCUGCAGCACGCCCUGGCUGGGCUGGAGCGGGAACUGAAUCUGGCGAGGAGGUUCCUUCACACGACUUCACUAGAACCGGUCAGGGGUUGCUACGAACGGGCGUGCGUUCAGGCGCAUUUGGGAGCCCUGCAUGCUGAUGUGGAGCGACUGCUCAGAGAGGCCGCCGAUGGAGACUCCGAGGCCAGGAGGCUGGAUCUGAGGAGGAUGUACGCCUUGCUGCGGCCACUGGGGGCGAACGCUCUGAGGCCGUUGGUGGACGCGGCGCACCAGCAAGUGGUGAAGGAUGGGAUGGCGCUGCUGGACGAAGAGCAUCCCAAGGACGAGGCUCACUCCCACUUCGUGUCAGCGAUGCUCUCCCUCCACAGCAAGUACAACGCGCUGUUCGCGGACGUGUUCCAGGGCGCGCAGCCCUUCGUGGGGGCGCUGGACAAGGCGUGUUCAGCGGUGGUGAACCGCCGCGCGCCCGGCGAGUCCUGCGCCCGCGCGCCCGAGCUGGUCUCCCGCUACUGCGACGCUCUCCUCCGCCGCCGCGCCGCCGAGGACGCCGACGACCGCCUCGCCGCCGCCAUAGUGGUCUUCAAGUACGUCGACGACAAAGACGUGUUCCAGAAACACUACGCGCGGGCGCUCGCCAGGAGACUCAUACACCAGCUGUCCGCCAGCAUGGAACAGGAGGAGGCGAUGAUAAACCGUCUGAAGGCGGCCUGCGGGUACGAGUUCACUAACAAGCUACACCGGAUGUUCACCGACGUGGCCGUGUCCGCUGACCUGAACGCCAAGUUCCAGCAACACUUACGGGACCACGACCUGUCCCCGGGAGCUGGGUUCUUCAUCCAGGUGUUGCAGGCGGGCGCUUGGCCGCUCGGUGGAGCCAUGGCGCCGCUCGCACCCCCAGCCCAGCUGGAACGCCCGGCGCGUUUAUUCGAAGCCUUCUACAGGUCCUCCUUCAGUGGCCGCCGUCUAGCCUGGCUUCACCACCUCUGCACAGGUGAACUGCGAGCUCGUCACGCCAGUAGACUCUACCAUUUGAGCGCCACGACUCCUCAAUGCGCGCUGCUGCUGAUGUUCGAGUCGGUGGAUGUUGUUUCGUCGCGAGAGGCGAGAGACGCCCUCCAGCUGUCGGGGGAGAGCUGGACGCGGCAUCUGCGACCGCUGCUGGACGCGGGCCUGCUGAUCGCCAGGUCCAACGACGAGGACGGCGACCUGGAGCUAAACCUCAACUUCUCCUGCAAGAGGACACGCAUCAGACUCACCUGCGCCGCGGCGCCCACUAGCCAAGGUGGUAACCCUGGCUCAGCUACAGGCACCACCGAGCCCACCCACUGCGACGACGACAGGAAAAUGUACCUGCAAGCGGCGCUCGUGCGGAUCAUGAAACAGAGAAAGGUCCUCCGUCACACAGAACUGAUCCAAGAGGUGGUAUCUCAGGCUAGAGGGUCCUUCGCCCCGUCAGUGGCCAUGAUAAAGAAGUGCAUCGAGGCCCUGAUAGACAAACAGUACCUGGAGAGAGCCCCGGGCACACUAGACACAUACUCAUACCUAGCUUAGGCGACUCCAUGUACCCAAACCUCAGAGAACCCUCACAAGUCACACACAGUACAUGAUAAAUAUGUGUUUGGGUACAGCCGAAGUUAGAUUACACUUUCCAUUACUAAACUGCAUGUCACUGUCGAUACAUCAAAUCUGUUCCCGCGAACCACAACAUUCUGUUUGAGGAAUUUCAAAAGAUUUAAACGAAUAUAUGAAUGCCAGUGUCCGGCUUGUUGCUUGACCGAUCUAAGAUGCUACAUCUCAUGUGUAGUGUGAGUAAGACAUGCCACAGAUUAUAUUAUAUACUAUAUAACACAGCAACUGUAUGUUCUACAAACGGAAAUUUAAAAAUCUUGUUUGUCAAGCAAAAUCUGUUACCGAACGGUCAUUUUGAUGAACUAAAGUUUCUCACUGUCAAAUAUAUAACAACAUGAUAGAAGUCUUUUCGCUGUUUCGGACGCUGGUUAAGAAUCAAUGUAAAGGUUAAUAAAUUUUAAACUUGGAAUAAUUUUUUCCAUUGAAUUACAUAAAACCAUGCUACAGAUCGAUAAAGAAGAGUAAAUAAAUAACUCAGGUACACUCACACAACCUGUAGAAUAAAUAAGAGUAUUAAAAAAAAACACGACGGAGCGCUUUAGAGCGCUUUCACACUGCACUCGUCUAACAGUACACACGAACGGUCCGACAGAUAUUAAAAAAAUUGUCAUUUAUAAUAUUAAAAAUCACAUAAAAGUAUUAACUUACGGAAAGCAAUAUGUAUGAAUAGUCAAUUUACGAGAAAUGCAUAUUUUUUGAUGGCAAUUCAUGUUAAUGGUUUGAAUUUAAGAAAUAUUAAAUACGGCUUGUUAUACACUCGCAUCCUUCCUACGCUUUAAACUGUUUGACUUCUAUACGAACCAAACACGACAACAGACGGACAAACGCACCCGGAUAGCUUAUAUAUGUACAGCGUUCGUCUCAUUCAAACCUACGACGGGAUUUGACUAACAAAACAUUUUAUUUGUCGCAAAGAAUUAGUUAUUUAUAAUAAAAUUAAGGAGAGUUUUUUAAUUAUACAACCGGGGUUUAUUUGUGUAAUGGCGUGCGAAGUGCUUUAAUGUAAAACGCAACAUUUUAUGAGUUCUUCGCACGAGACGUUUCCCAAUGCAAUUAAGUUUAGCGCCGUUGACAGCUGUCACAUUGGUCUUUUCGUCUUGGCUCUGAAACGUCAACGUCAAUGUCAACGUCAAACUGUCAACGUCAAGCUGUCAACGCGUCUGUCAGGUUGAAGCGAAGCCGUUUCCUGGGUCUACACGAAAGUGAUAACAGAAUGAUGAAGUUACUGUUUCGCCCCCCGUCGGCGUCGUCACUUCUGUUGGAUCUCAGCCUCGUACAAUAUAAGUUUUAUUAUAGGAUGUUGUAAUAAAUAAAAUUUUUAAAUGGAAAAAAACUA